AAUUUUGCAUGUUGUCAAGUUGUCAAAUAAUGUCAAAUAAUUUGUAAACAUUUGGCGGAAUUUUAUUGUAAAAAUGUCGUAAAACCUAUUAAUUUCCGCAAAUCUAAUUACAACUAAUACGACCUUAGUGUAUUCUUAAGCUGUUGAAAAUGGGUGAUGAAAUUAAAGUUGCGUUUAUAAUACCGAAAGACUGUAACAGUGAAAAUGAGUGCUCGGAAGACAUGCAACUUGCUUUUGUGGCCUGCGAGCAGCAUUGCGGGGGCGGUCUCACAGCCCAAUGGAUAAAAGAAAAAAGUUGGAAUUUCUUCACGGGACUAACGAAAAAAGAUGUUUUCGUUAUGUCCCAGUUCGAAGGCGAGUUGUAUGAUAAACUUCGAACAACAAAGUGUUUAAUUGUGGGUCCCAGAUGUUUGUCAUGUUGUCUAACUGAGGGUAUACCCAUACCCUCAGGUCCUGAGCCAAUCUUCACUAUAGCCAUGAAAAGUCUUGUAAUUACUGCAAGUGGACUGACCAAACAGAAAAAGGAAAAUAUAAAGAAAAAAGUCCACUGGAUGGGAGGUCUAUACAGUACAGUUUUAACUGAUGACACUACACACCUUGUUUCCGAUACUGUCCUUUCUGACAAGUAUAUUAAAUCAGUAGAAAAAGGAAUACCAGUCAUGAGUGAGACAUGGGUGGAAGCCGUUUGGGAGGCAUCCAUGAACAUGAACAUCAACGGUUCGUCGUCAGAGUUCGAUAGCCACAAGUUGCCACCGUUUGCGAACUUGCAAGUCACCACGUCAGGCAUUUCAAAGAAAGAUAAACACAUGAUUAUGAAGCUCGUGAGUGAACAUGGUGGAUCUUUUUCUGGGGCGUUCCAGAGUGAGACAACCGAUGUGGUGGUGUUAACAAAGGAAGGCAUAGGCAGUGAGAAGUACAAGGCAGCCCUAGAGUACGGCAAGGCGUGCGUAUUACCGUCGUGGGUCAGAGACUCGGCGGCGCGCGGCGUGUCGCUCCCGCUGACGCAGUACCGCGUGUGCGGCGCGUCUACGUCAUCGCCGCUCGCCGAGCACCGCGCGCCCGACAUGAACUCGGCGGCGCGCGGCGUGUCGCUCCCGCUGGCGCAGUACCGCGUUUGUGGAGCGUCUACGUCAUCGCCGCUCGCCGAGCACCGCGCGCCCGACAUGAGUCUGAACUUCUCGCGUAUUACUAAUUUGCGACCGCCCAGUAAUUUUGUUGAUGAAAGUAGAGCGACCGACAUGUCUACUUUAUCAGGAAGAAUGAAGCUGACUCAAGAGUCUUCAAAGAAAUCAAACGAUUCAUCGCUAGUUGAUAAGGAAAUUAUAGCUGCAUUUGAGAAUUUCGACGUCAGUUACAUAAAGAAGGCUGGGCCUAUUUUUGACGGAUUUUGCAUCUGGGUGACCGGCCUCGAAGGCACUUGCCGCGAGAAAGCCGUGGCUUGCGUGUCCCGCGGCGGCGGCGUCCGCUACGACUGCCCGCACGAGCGCGUCACGCACGCCGUCGCCGGCAGUAAGGCCGCGGCCCUAGCUGCCCAGCGCGCGCUGCCCUCUGUAUGCGUACUGAGCCCGCUGUGGCUGGUCAACAGCGUCAUGGCCGGCCAGGGGCGGCCGCUGGACGAGGCCGAGCGUCAUGGCCGGCCAGGGGCGGCCGCUGGACGAGGCCGAGGUGAGUGCCCGCCGUGUGACGUCAUCAGAACCGGCCCGCCGUGUGUACUGAGCCCGCUGUGGCUGGUCAACAGCGUCAUGGCCGGCCAGGGGCGGCCGCUGGACGAGGCCGAGGUGAGUGCCCGCGUGUGA